AUGCCUGUCUCUGGAGCCCUCACUCAGCUCUCGGCCCAAGGCCCGCAGAACCGCUAUCUCACCAUCGACCCGCAGAUCACCUUCUUCAAGGGAUCAUACAGGCGGCACUCGAUGUUUGCGAUGGUGGAGAUCGAGAACACCUUCUCGGGUGCUUUCGGUGCUGGCAAGACCCUCAGUGCCACCAUCAACAGGUCUGGCGAUCUCAUCUCACAGGUCUAUUUCUACGCCGAGCUCUCGCCCAUCCAGUACAACUCCUCGAUGGUGAACGAUGGCUUUGUGAACAACGUCGCUCACUACACCAACUCGGUGGGCCAUGCGCUCAUCGAGCAGGUCGCCGUCUCCAUCGGUGGUCAGGACAUGGAUCGCUGCUCGGGCGAGUUCCUCGAGAUCUGGGAGCGCCUCUCCGCGAGCGCCUCCAAGCGCCUCGCCGAGAUGGUCGGCUACGCCGAGUCCAGUGGCCAGCUGAUCGAGUACGGUCAGCGCACCCAGUACUUGUACGUGCCCCUCCGCUUCUGGUUCAACCGCGAUUACUCGCAGGCCCUGCCCCUCAUCGCCCUCCAGUACCAUGAGGUGAAGAUCAACAUCAAGACCCGCGACAUGAGCCAGCUCAUCGUGCGCUCGGGUGAGGCCAACAACCCUGCCACGCUCGCCCAGCCCGGUAACAUCGACAACAUGCUCCUGCUCAUCAACUACAUCUUCCUCGACACCCUCGAGCGCAAGAUGUUUGCUCAGCAGAUGCACGAGUAUCUGAUCGACAAUGCAGAGGAAGACAAGCCGGACUGUGUCCUUGCCCAUCCAACGCUUGCGUGA